GGAACCCAGGUUGGUGUUGCAUUUUCAUUCUGAAGAUAUAUAUUCUUUUCAGAGUUUUAAAAAUCGGGUUCAGGCAGCACUAGUGGGCAAAUCGGAUAUGAACCAAACGUUUUGAAUACCGAUAAAAAGUUGGGUCUUGGCUUUGAAAAAAUUGUUCUUAGGGGCUUUUCUAACACCGCCUAACGAUUUCUUGAAUAUUGUUUUUUUUUUUCUCUUCAUGUUAUAUAUAUGAUGUUUUUCCUCUCUGCUUCUUGUGUGGUUUUACAUUGCAGCCGCUUACAAAUCUCAAGGAGAUAGAUUUGCAGAGGUCUUUUCAUUUGAAGGAGCUCCCUGAUCUCUCAAAUGCUACAAAUCUUAAAGGAUUGUAUCUAAGUUAUUGCCAGAGCUUAGUAGAGCUUCCACCCUCUUGUUCGCGUCUUCAUAAACUAAAGGAUCUGUGGAUGGAUCACUGCACAAACCUACAAGUCAUACCAGCUCACAUGAACUUGGAAUCUCUUAAACGUGUAAGUAUGAAAGGAUGCUCAAGACUGAGACAUAUUCCAUUUAUGUCAAAGAAUAAUAUUAGGCAGAUGGAUAUAUCAGAGACAGCGGUUGAAGAUGUAGCUACAUCAACUAGCCUUCGCACUCGUCCUCUAUCUUACUCUAUGAUAGGCUGUCGCAAGCUCAAGGAAAUAACACAUCUCCCUAAAAAACUAACGUCAUUGCCAGAGCUUCCUUCUCAGCUCAUGCUCCUAUCUGCAAACGAUUGUGAGUCACUCGAGGAAGUCGCUUCCCCUCUUCACAACCCGAAUGCGAGAAUGUCUUUCACCAACUGCUUCAAACUGCGACAUCAAGCAAUCAUCCAACAAUGGUUCUGUCUCGGGUCUGCUUUCUUACCGGGAAGACAAGUACCUCCAGAGUUCGAUCACCGAGCCAGAGGAAGUUCCUUAACACUUGCUCACUCUGCUUCCACCAGAUUCAAGGUUUGCCUCGUGCUCUUACCAAACCAUCAAAUCAGAGAGGAUAGAUCUUCACAACUCCUAUGUCGUCGCGUAGUCAACGGCGACGUGGCAAACUCUGAUGACAAGUCGUUCAACUUCGACCUAUCCAGAUGUCGAGCGGAACAUCUUUUUAUAUUUCCCUCUGGCUUGUUUGAAGAAGAUGACGAAGAAGAAGGCCUUCCUGAAGUUCACAGAGAGAUAGUGUUCGAGUUCAGCAGCAAAUACAACGACUUUGACGUUGUUGAAUGUGGUGCCAAGUUCUUGACGGACGAAAACAGCUAUGAAUCUGAAUCAGACCAAGCAGCGAUGACGAUAGCCUCGUUCAUGGGAGCUAUGAAUGUGGAUCCAACGCCAAUAAUAGCAUCAUUGAUGAGAUAUGAGUCCAUGAAGGCCAAAUAUAGUAAUGAAAGAGCUGAGAUCCAACUAGUCAUAGCGAAUGGGGAUAACGAACAAACAACUAGUUGUUGCCGCAAUAUCUCCUCCCUAGUCAGUUCUGUAAAUUCUCGAUACUUGUAAUAGGGAUGAUAGACGAAAAUAGCUAUGAAAAGUGAUGAUAACAUUUACAUUCCAAAACAUUUAAAGUGAUGAUAACAUUUACUUUCUCGUCACUGGUCGACUAAUCAAU